ACGUAGUAGUUCCCUCCACAUCUAUCCGAAACAAAAUUCCCUCCCUCUUCCCUCGUUUUCUGCUUUCGCCUUCUCUACGCCCUAAACUCUUUCGUUCCCCCACUUUCUCUCUCUAAACCCCACUUUCUCUCUCUAAAACCCUACUUCCCUCCGAUCGUUUCCCAUUUCCUUCUAACUUCCCCUCCAAUUCCGAUUUCCCGCUGAAACCGACGCCACUUUUUCAGGUCAAUGUCUGGUGGUGGUGCUGGAGCUUCUGACCGUGGCUCGCCGAUGCCGAGGGAGACUGCCGGAGCACCGAGUAGACCGCCAUUGAAGCGUCAUCUUGCGUUUGUCUCGACGAAACCACCAUUUGCACCGUUGGAUGAGUAUCGCAGUUUUGCCGCCGUCGAUUCUAGGAAAGCCUCCGAUCACGUGACUGAAGCAGUUGUUAUCAGAUCUCCGGUCAUAAAGCGGAAGAAUGGAAUGAAUGAAAGUGAAGGAGAAUCGCAAAAGUGGACUAACAGCCCUGGAUACACUAAUGUAAUCAAUAGUCCCUUUAAAACUCCAUUGUCUGCAAAAGAUGGAAGGACAAACAAGUCUAGGGUUUCCAAAGAAGGAAGAUCAUGUCCUCCAACACCUAUCUCAAAUGCUGGUUCCCCUUCUCCUCUUACUCCUGCUGGUAGCUGUCGUUAUGACAGUUCCUUAGGUCUCUUGACAAAAAAGUUCAUCAAUUUGAUCAAGCGUGCAGAGGAUGGCAUUCUUGACCUAAAUAAAGCAGCAGAAACUCUGGAGGUGCAAAAGAGGAGGAUAUAUGACAUAACUAAUGUUUUGGAAGGCAUUGGUCUCAUCGAAAAGAAUCUCAAGAACAGAAUACAUUGGAAAGGAAUUGAAUCUUCUACGCCUGGUAAUAUGGACGGUGAUAUCUCUAUGCUUAAGUCAGAAGUUGAAAAACUUUCUUUGGAAGAGCAGAGUCUAGAUGAUCAAAUAAGGGAAAUGCAAGAACGGCUGAGAAGUUUGAGUGAAGAUGAAAAUAACCAGAAGUUCCUUUUUGUGACCGAGGAAGAUAUUAAGGGCCUACCUUGCUUCCAGCAGAAUGAAACUUUGAUAGCAAUCAAAGCUCCACAUGGAACCACCUUGGAAGUCCCUGAUCCUGAAGAAGCCGUUGACUAUCUACAGAGGAGAUAUAGAAUCAUUCUUAGGAGCACAAUGGGUCCCAUCGAUGUCUACCUUAUCAGUCAAUUUGAAGAGAAAUUUGAAGAGAUUAAUGGUGCUGAGCCCCCCAUGAGCUUACCUCUUGCUUCAAGUUCAGGGUCUAAUGAGCAACAAGUGACGGAAAUGGCUCCUGCUGAAUGCAGUGGUAACGGACUCGAACCCCAAGCUCUCCUCUCUUCCCAGACAUACUCUGAUCUAAAUGUUUCCCAAGAGUUUGCUGGGGGCAUGAUGAAGAUUGUCCCUUCAGAUGCUGAUAAUGAUGCUGAUUAUUGGCUUCUAUCAGAUGCUGAAGUUAGCAUAACAGAUAUGUGGAGAACAGAUUCUAAUGUUGAUUGGAGUGGAGUGGACAUGCUUCAUCCUGACUUUGAAAUGAUCUCGAGGCCACAAACUCCAUCGCCUGGACUUGCAGAAGCACCACCGACUGUAGCUAACCCUAAUCAGAGGUGAUUUUGAUUUGUUUACUAUUUCUAUGUUAGAAAGCAUGGUCAUUAUCCUCUGUAUUGAGGGGAAGCUACUUCAAUAGAGUAAUGUCUAGCCUUGUGAUUGUUGAGGAUGCUGUCGGAGCUGUUGAGUCUUAAGCUGAGAGUUCUUACUACCCUUCAAGUAAAUCAUUGACCCUUUCUUGGGCACAAACUAGUUAUAGUAGACAUACUAAGCUCAUGCAAAGUUUAGCUUGGAAAUUAGGGAAGUUGGAAGGAGUAUUAUUACAGAAAAUGUUGGUAAUGCAUCAAAUGCAAGGUAGGUAGACUCACUGAUCAGUAUUAGUGUCCGGACAUGUUAUUAGCUAUAUUUGAAGCGAGGCAUUGUGGGCCCCCUUUUUUUCCUUCUUGAAAAUGAGAAGCUGCUAUGCAGAUGUUGACCGCAAACAACUGUAAGGGUGCAUUGGAUAUUGUUAGGACAGGACUGCCUUUAUUAUUCAAUUAUCAUUUAUGCUGAUUGUAAACGUUUCAGUGUCUGCUGAUAAAAUUAUGUCAUUUAUCAUCCCAAAUUGCUCCAA